AUGAGGGAAGAUGCAGUAGGUCCUAAUAGAGAUUUUGGGAUUUCCCUUUACAAGGAGCUGGCUGCUGGAAACCCACAGGAAAAUAUUUUUUUCUCUCCAAUCAGUCUCAUGUUUGCUCUUGGGAUCGCUCUGCUUGGAUCUAGAGGAGAGACGGAAAAACAAUUAAAAUCGGUGAUGAAAAUAGAGAAUAUGAUAAACGCUGACAUGCAUCAAGGAUUGUUUAAGUUGAAAUCUUUUCUGGAAGAUGAGAAGAAUCCUCACGAACUUCAUAUUGCAAAUCGACUGUUUAUUGAAAAGUCUGAAACUCUAAGAGGAGGAUUUAGUAAAGAUUGUCAGAAAUACUAUGGAAGCGACCCGGAAAAAGUAGAAUUCAUGAAUGAUGCACCGGCCUGUGUGGCAAAAAUAAACCGUUGGGUCGAAAAGCUUACGAAAGGAAAAAUUAAAAACUUGAUAUCUGCAGCUGAUGUCAGCUCUUCAACAAAAUUAAUUCUAAUAAACGCAAUUGUUUUUAAAGGAACAUGGAUGACAAAAUUUUAUGAAACAGAGAGUGGAGAAUUCUCAAUAAGUCCAGGGUCAACUGUUGGUAUUAAAUUUAUGAUAAUUCAAAAAUUGCAGGCGAAAUAUUGCGACUGCAAGAAACUGAAAAGUCAGAUCUUGGAACUACCUUAUAAGGACAAAUCGAUGAGUUUUGUUAUAAUUUUACCUGAUGUAGAACAGACGAAUAUAGAAAACGUUGAAAAAAAAUUGGAUAGCGGCGUACUUUCGGAAAUCAAUGAAAAAUUGACUGAAACCAAAUUAAAAAUCCGCUUACCGAAGUUCUCAAUGACAAAAGAAUCAAAAGUGACGGAGAAGUUGCAAACGUUAGGCCUCACCGACCUGUUCAUAAAAGGAAAAGCAGAUUUAUAUAACAUGAACUUGAAGCUUGAUUUGUACGUUUCCAAGCUUGUGCACAAAGCUUUCAUUGAAGUUAACGAAGAGGGAACGGUGGCUGCAGCUGCUACUGGUGUACAGUUAGGCACAAGGUCCUCGAGUAUUUACCUGGAUUUCAAUGCUAAUCAUCCGUUCAUCUUCUACAUCAAAGAUAAUAAGUUACAAACCAUUCUCUUCAUGGGAAAGUUUGUUAAACCAUGA